AUGCGCAGCACGGCGUCGGCCGGCUGCUCCUCGCCCAUCCAGGGCUGCGAGGAGGCGAGGUGGCGCGCGUCGCGGCCUGCCGAGGCCGGGAGCGACGACACGGCCGACGAGAUGCCCGAGGUGGUCGGGUCCGCGUGGGGAGGGCCGGCGGCGGCGAUCUUCUCGAGCAGGCGCGCCUUGAGCUCGGCCGAGAAGCCGGCGUCCUCGACGGCGCGGCGGCCCGCGCGCCCGCCCGUCAUGAGGGCGGACUCGGUCGCCUCCUCCAGGCGCCGCGACAUGGCGCCCUGCUCGGCGGGUUGGGCUGGCGCAUCGCUGGGCGGCUGGUGCGGUGGGGGAGGAGGGUCAGGAGCGGUCGCGUCGGGGCGGCGCUUGGGCUUGUUGGAGUAUGAUCGCGGGGUCGGGAAGUGCGGGUGA